AUGGUAAUUCCAGAGGUCGUCUGGCGGCCCGAUAACCCAGAAACAACAGAGCUGGCGAAAUACAGGCAUCAUGUCAAUGACAAGUUCAAGACGAAGUUCAGAAACACGAGAGAACUGCAGCGUUGGUCGACCACUCAGCCGCACGACUUCUGGAUCGACCUGUAUACUUACCUGGACCUGGUCCCUGCCCUGCCCCAGGGGACACGGAAAGCAUAUGACGACACAGGUUCGAUGAGCAGCAUCCCACGAUUUUUCCCAGAUCUUCGUCUGAACUAUAGCGAGAACGUAUUUUGCGCCGAUCGUCAAUCUAACGACAUGGCGUUGAUGGAGGUCAGAGAGGACCAUUUUGUCCAUCAGAAUGCAGCGCGGUACGUGACAUGGCAGACCUUCCGGGAGGACGUCCGAAAGACUGUAAGUGCCCUCAAGCGCAGCGGUGUCGUAGCCGGCGAUCGAGUUGGUGCGAUAGUUGCGACAUCAGGAAGUGCUGUCACCCUGUUCUACGCAGCCGCAGCCAUGGGGGCUAUUUUUACCUCGAUCAGCCCCGAGAUUGGCGUCGAGGGUUGCGUUUCUAGACUUGACCAGGUCACGCCCAAGAUACUGUUCGUCGACAGCCACGUCCUGUACAAGGGGAAGGUGUUGUCGACGGCAGAAAAACUCAAGACAAUCGUUUCUCGCUUGAAGGAACGACCUGCGGUGUACGUCGUCCCGAUCGCGGACUCCCCACCCGACUGGCCGAGUAUCGACCAAUUUUGGGGUAAAGCGAGUCCUGCCGACGAGUUGAGGUUUGAAAGAGUGCCGUUCAAUCAUCCCUUGAUGAUUUGUUACUCGUCGGGUACCACCGGAGCUCCCAAAUGUAUUGUCCAUCAACACGGCCUGAUUCUGCAGCACAAGAAAAUUUCAGUCGUCCACAACAACCUGUCCUAUCGAGACGUCAUCUUACAGUACUCCAGCACUUCCUGGGUGGUGUUUUACACAAUGUGUAGUCAUCUCUCAGCGGGGGGGACCCUUCUGGUCUACAACGGCAGCCCAUUAUACCCUGAUGCCAAACAGCUUUUCCGUAUAUGUGAGAAAUAUCGGGUCACAUAUCUGGGAGUCUCUCCGCGCUUAUUGCUCGAGGUUGAGCUAUCAAACACCAUUCCCAAGCUGGAAUUUGAUCUCUCAAGCCUGAAAACCGUCUACUGUACUGGCGCUCCGUUGUCGGGAGAACAAUACCGGUGGUUCUAUCGAUCCAUGCCACCGACGGUACAGAUAUGCAAUGUCGCCGGCGGGACAGAGACUGCGACAUCUGUUCUGGCACUGGACACUUGCGCGCCAGUGUAUGUUGGAGAGAUCCAGAUUGCGGCCUUGGGGAUGGAUGUGGACAUUCUAGAUCCAGACACCGGCGAAUCCAAGGCUGCCAGUGGAGAGGCCGGAGAGAUGGUGAUUAGAAAGCCAUUUCCCAGUAUGCCUUGUUUCUUCUGGGGUGAUGUCGGCGGUAAGAUCUACAGGGCCGCCUAUUUCGAGCGGUUCCCGCACAUUGAUUGCUGGGCUGUGCAUGACUGGCUGAGUCAAAAUCCGCAAACUGGUGGUUACGUUAUGCAUGGCAGAAGUGACGGCGUUCUGAACCCUUCGGGCAUCCGAUUUGGGAGUGGCGAGAUCUAUGCCAUUAUUGAAGCGCCUCCCUUCACGAACUACAUUUCAAACAGUCUCUGUGUGGGCCGACGCAGGCGGAAUGAUCCAGAUGAGCAGGUGUUCUUGUUCUUGGUCAUGAAACCAGGUAUUCUCCUCGAUGACGCUCUGCGGACGCAGAUAAGAACAGCCAUCCGGGAAGGUCUAUCGCCGCGACACGUUCCUAAAUUUGUCCUUGCAGCUCCAGACAUCCCAGUUACGGUAAACGGCAAGAAGGUGGAAACGCCCGUCAAGAAGAUCUUGAAUGGAGAGAAGGUGGUCCCGAGUUCAACGGUGCAGAACCCAGGCAGCUUGUCGUGGUUCGAGAAGUUUCGAUUCGUGGAGUCCGAGCCCAGCAGUGCAAAAUUGUAG